AUGGAAGGCAUAAGGGCUGCACAAACACUCCUGCGCCAUAGCCAUUUCAGGCUGGCCCAGGCGGCGGCGGCGGCGAGACAAAGGUCGCCCGCCGCCUGCAAACCCUCGGCCGCUCGCGUGCGAUUAUUCACCCCGUCAGCGCUGCGGCCAGCCUCGCGAUGGACGACUCCCGCCCCGAAGUGCACGCGGUGCUUCUCCAGCAGUGCGGCGCUCCUCGCCAAGGGUAAGAAUGCCAGGGGCUCGAAAAAGAAUGCGCAAGAAACCCCGGCGUCCAGGAAACAAGGCGACGACGACGAGGCCGGCGCGCAGAGCCGUCGCAGCAAGCCGGAGGCCCCCGCGGAAGACCCGUUUAUCCUCGACGAGACGGAAGAGGCGUACGCUCGCGUGGCUGCGCGGGGCGAGGACAAGCUCAAGGCGGUCCGGCUGGGCUCGCGCUUCACGCCCGAGGUGCUGGGCAAGGUGCCGGUGACGCUGUCGAAAAAGGCCGGGGGCAAGACGGUGCUGCUCGAGGAGACGGCGCUGGUGGACGUGCGGCAGGGCCGCGUGGUGCAACUGACGCUGUUCGAGGCCGAGAACCGCAAGGCGGUCAUCAGCGCCAUCCAGGCCAGCGACCAGUUCAACCAGCAGCCGCAGCAGGACCCGGAAGACCCGACCAUCUUGACCCUCAAGGUCGAGCCCGAGAAGCUCGAGGACCAGCUGCGCAACGCAAAGGAUAUUGCCCACGCUUGGAGGGAGGGCCUGCGCAAGGUGACGACCGCACGGCAGAAGAAGCACUCGCAGUGGAAGGAUGCCAAGAUAAUAACCAGGGACGACAAGACCAAGCUGGACAAGGUGGUGCAAAAGAUGCAGGAUACGUGCAUGAAGGCAGUCGACGCAGCUGAGGAAAAGGCAGUCCAGGCCCUGAAAAAGGCUAGGUCCAAUACGCUAGACUUUUGA